GUGUUCUAGUACGAUGGAGGCGGUCAACAACUGUUCGGAGAGAGGAAGGAAAGUGUCAUUUGUUUAUUCGCGGUGUGUUGAUUAAUGUUAAGCGUAAAGUUGACCAAAUCCUAAGCUUUUAUGUUGACGUCUCCGCUGAUUAUCGGCGAUAAAAUGAUAGACGUCAGUCACCGUUAGUUAUCUGUGUGUUACAUGUCAGAAGUUGGCUAAUCACAGCUAGCUCUUUCGGAGCUAAUGUCAUUUCAGUCAGAAUAUAGAUUUGUUUUUAUUUUUGAACGGCUGGUCGGCUCCGGUGUGUUGUGACCAACUCGAUAACGUUACGUCUGUCAAGUUUGUUUAAUUUUUUUCAUUUUUAUUUUUUGGACACGAAGACAACAUGGAUCCAUUUGACAGUAUCAGUACAGAGCGAGCCAACCUGCCUCGAAACAUGAUUGAGAACAGCAUGUUUGAAGAAGAACCUGACAUUGUGGAUUUGGCAAAAGACUCCUCAAUCUUUCCGACAUUUCCAGCUCUAGACCCAGAUGAGGUGGCGUAUGAGCCUCGUAGCUCACUGUUGCUGGUGCGAGGCCUGGGAGAAAAUGAAAUGGAUGAGGAUGAAGAGGACUGCGAAUCUUCAGCCCGGCUGCUGGGCAUGUCCUUCAUGAAUCGUAGCAGCACACAAAGACCCACCUCUACCCCCUACAGCAGACAGGCACCAUCUAGAUCUUGUUUCCGACCUUCAGUCCGCAUCAUGGUUUCUUGUGUGUUGUUGCUGGUAAUAAUUGUGUCCGUAAUCACGACAUUGUAUUUCACACCUGGGUGCACCUUUACUAAGGCUGGUUGUCAUAAAACGAACAACACAAUUCCCCCUGAGCAAGUCUAUCCUGUGUCAACCAGUGGUGAACUGUUCCCUUGGGCAGAGUUCCGUCUGCCUACCAGCAUACACCCUCUCAGCUAUGACCUCACUUUGAAUCCUGACCUCAAUAACAUGACGUUCACUGGCAGUGCCAUCAUUAGCAUGUUUGUGCAUCACAACACCAAGCGCAUUGUCCUCCACAGUGCUGAUCUCCGCAUCACCAAAGCAACCUUCCAGCUGAGUGACGAGAAGCCCACUGAGGUGACUGUGCUUGAGUACAAACCGAGGCAGCAGAUAGCUGUUAAGUUCUCCAAGGAGCUGAAGGCAGGCCAGUUCUGUGUUUUGACUCUGGAUUACUCUGCCAGCAUGUCAGACACCUAUGAUGGGUUCUACAACAGCACAUACUUAGAUAAAAAUGGAAACAAGAGGGUCUUAGCUGCCACCCAGUUUGAGCCCCUAGCAGCUCGAAAAGCCUUCCCUUGUUUUGAUGAACCAGAAUUCAAAGCUACUUUCUUGAUUAAAAUCAGCAGAGAACCCAGUUUCAUCGCUCUUUCCAACAUGCCUAAGGCUAAAACCACAGAGCUUCCUUCUGGCCUCCUGCUAGAUGAGUUUGAAAAGAGCAGUGUCAACAUGAGUACCUACCUGCUGGCAUUCAUUGUCGCUGACUUCACUUGUGUUAGUAACAAUGUCUCCAAUACACUGGUGUCUGUGUACUCUGUGCCUGAGAAGAAAGAGCACACUGCCUAUGCUCUGGAUACAGCUUCCAAAUUACUGGAAUUUUUCAAUAAAUUAUUUGAGAUUGACUACCCUCUUGAAAAGCUUGACUUGGUUGCCAUCCCAGACUUCCUGGCAGGAGGUAUGGAAAACUGGGGCCUGAUCACGUUCAGAGAGACCAGCUUGUUGUUGGCCAAACAUUCAUCUUCUCUGGAGGAACAAACAGUUGCACAAGUCAUAGCACAUGAGUUUGCCCACCAGUGGUUCGGAAACCUGGUAACUAUGAGGUGGUGGAAUGACUUGUGGCUGAAUGAAGGCUUUGCCACAUACAUGCAGUACAUGUCGCUGCAGGCAGUGUUACCCCAGCUAGAAACUGAUGAUUUGUUUCUGUUCAUGCGGUUCAGAGCCAUGGACAAAGAUUCACUCAACUCUUCUCAUGCAGUGUCAGCACAAGUUGAUACACCGGAGCAGGUGGCUGAGAUGUUUGAUUCAGUCUCUUACGAGAAGGGUGCAUCCCUUCUCCUUAUGCUGAAUGUCUCUGUGACAGGGCAUGAACAGUUCAGAAAGGGUAUCAUAGAAUACCUAAAAAAGUUCAGUGGCUCAAACACUGAAACUAAUGACCUCUGGAACACUCUCACACAGGUUGAAGUCCAUCAGCACCAGAAUGUGUCAGAGAUGAUGACCUCGUGGACGUCACAGAAAGGCUUCCCUUUGGUCACUGUUAGCCUCAAAGGCCAAAUGGUGACACUCAAACAGGAGCCCUUCCUGCUUACGUCUGACAGCUCCAUGCACACUUCCAGCUUGUGGAACAUUCCUGUGAGCUACGUAAAUGACAGCUGCAGUUUGAUGCCCGAGUGCAGUCAAGUGUUCACUCUCAAGACCAAGUCAGAAACACUGAAGCUGCCAGGCAGUGUGAAGUGGCUGAAGCUGAACUUCAGAAACACUGGCUACUACAUUGUUGACUAUGGUAAUGAGGGUUGGGCUGCACUCGUGGACGCUUUGUCCAGCAGUGUUGGUGUUUUCACCCAUGAGGACCGGGCAUCACUUAUACACAACAUCUUCGCUCUCUCCAAACUGGGACGUGUGUCUUUCGAACAAGUUGUCACCCUGCUGAAUUAUAUGCCCAAAGAAAAUGAGACUGCUCCUGUGACGGAGGCACUGCUACAGCUCAGAACCAUUUACCAGCUUCUCGAUAAAAGACAGGAGGAGAAUCUUUCCAAGCACAUGAAGGAUUACAUCCUGAAACUCUUUAGGUCUCUGUUGGAGAAGCAGACGUGGGUGGAGGAGAAGACAGUGUCUAGACAGGUGCUGCGCUCGGCUCUGUUGGGGAUGGCGUGUGAUUUCAACGAUGCCGACUGCACCCGGAAUGCCAAAGACCUCUUCAAGCAAUACAUCCAGUCUAAUGGGACUGUUUUGAUCCCAGGUGACCUGCAGAGAACUGUGUUCUCUGUGGCUGCUCACUCAGAUGAAAGUUGGGAAGCUUUGAAGGAAAGAUACCCAAGAGUCACCAAUGACGCAGAGAAAAAAAAAAUACUCCAUGGCCUAGCAUCCACUCAGAACCCACGGAAGAUCAUAUGGAUUUUGAAAGCUGCUCUCAGGGGAGACAUUAUCCAGACAAAUGAGUUUCCAUCAGUCGUCACCACUGUCAGUAAAGACUUUGCUGGCUACUUGCUUGUCUGGGAUUUCAUACAGCAAAACUGGAACUGCCUCACAGAGAAGUUCCCUUUGGGUUCCUAUUCCAUCCAGAAAAUCCUAAAGUCUGCCACCUGCCAGUUCUCCACUGAAACGCACCUGAACCAGGUGCAGGCUUUCUUCUCCAGUUUGAAGGAUUAUGGCUCUCAUUUGCGGAUUGUGCAAGAAGCCCUGGAAACAAUCAGGCUGAACCAGCAUUGGAUGGACAGGAACCUUCCCAUGCUCCAAGACUGGCUCGAAACAACAGCCCACUCCACUCAGCCAUCAUCCCGCUAACCAGUAACAGGGGAAUGUGUUGAGGACAACGGCAGCGUUUGCACUAUAAUAGUCUUUUUCUCCAGGUUAGAGUUCUAAUCAAAGGGUUGGGUAGGGUGUUUGAUUUCUGAGAUUGGUCCUGGGAGUUGUCGUUGUUAGCUCAGGGUGGUUCUGAUCAGGGGUUUUCAGGCACAAACACACUCCUCACACUUUAUGCUAUUGACCAAACCUCUUUUGUUGCUCUCCUGUAAACCUCCCGGUGGUGCAGACAAUCAGAGAGCAGCACUUUAUCCACACUCCUUUGGCUCAGCCUGCUCAUCGGCAUUUGCUGUGCCAGUAGGCUGUUGACAUUAUGAAGAAUAUGUCUGUUUUCAGGCUGGAGAUGCAGCUGUCAGGGAUCACUCUUAUGUUCAGAGGUGGAAUACCGACACGAUAAAUAGAAAUACUCUUUGAAAAAAUAACCACGCCUCACUGUGCUUCAUUGUGUUGCACAGAAUCCGUUUUCUAAGUUUUAUUCCGAUUGCAUCGAGAAGCUUUUAGCUUUAAUUAAAUUUUUUAAAGCUUAAAAUGUCUGUGUUUUUCUGUUGAAUGUAUUAAAAACUUUCCCACUGUGUGUAGUAGGUGGGGUUUUCUGCAGCACGGCAAGCACACCAAGGAGCCAAAUACUUACCAAAUUAAUAAGCCCAUUUUGGUUGCAAAGCAACACGAUUGUAACCCUGUAAUUACGAUGUAAGUAUUGUCAUCUUCUGAGCUACCAAUGUUUUGGAUGUACCAUUUUAAACGUUUUAACAUUUGCUUUUGGUUCUGUAUAUAGAUUGUAAAAAGGAACUGCAAACAUAGGAUUGACCAGCACUCUUGGUCAGAACAUUUUAAUUGUAUUUCUUGGUUUGCUGAAGAAUGUUUGUGUGUUAAGGGCUAACAUUCAGACAGAAGAUACAAAGUGCAACAAAGAACUUUUUAUAUUAGAAGUGACGUGUCUGAGCCCUCAGCUGCUCGUGAGCCAUGUUGUUUCUGACUGACUACCCAUUCGGAACUCAGUCAAUUUCUUUUCCAGGAAUUUUUAUUUUUAUGACUCAUUCUGAACCUCGGUUGACUUGCUUAAUAAUUCACAGUCAUUAACGACUUUAAAGAUAAUGUCUCUUCUUCCAGUGUGGGCAUUUUUCCUUUAAUUUUUUUUUUUUUAAACAAUCUUAGUCAUAUUAAAACAUUGAGCUAUGAAGCCUCUGAGUGUUUUUGACAAUUGCGUCAUAUGAGAGAGCCGUUAAAGCGGUGUGCUUGUGACCUGAGUUCAAAUCCCCGUCAGACUGGAAAAUCGCUCAUUUGUUCCCAGUAUGUAGUGAGCCCCUGGCAUAGCAGCACUCUGACGUUUGGGGGUGCCUGUUUGCAUGUGUUAUCAGUGUAAAGUACUAUAUUGACUCUUGACAGGUCGCUCAGUCCACUGUCAUGGAUUUUUUUCUGAAGCUAAUUAUUCCAAAAUUUACAAAAGAAGCAAUUGUCAAAGGUGAGGAGAGCGUUCGAACACUUGAUUGCUAAGACUGUUUUAUUAUGACUGCGGUUGGUUGGGGGCAAAAAGAAGAAGAACUUA